AUGUCACUCAUAAAACCGAAUGGCGGGACGCAGGCUGCUGAACCGGACGAUUUGGACUCUGAGAUUGAAAUUGAUCCACAGACACAAUUGCCAAUCACAAGACUGCCCUAUGAUGACGCCCCCAUCGCUAAAAGUGAUCUCAGCUGGCUGAAAAAUGGACGGACUCUGCAGUUCUCGCUGGACAAGGCGCACGACAAUGGAAUGCUGUUUUUGGCGUCCCGAGACGAAGACAAGAUGGAACCUUUGAACGACCGUGAGCGGAAGCUAUAUCCAUUUGACAUACCCUCAAAUAUAGACACUUCUGAGGAGUACAUCCAUUUUCUUACCAAAACUUACCGCACUUUUGAGCCACUCCUGACGAACCAAGCAUACAAGCAUUUCAGCGACGACGACGAAGACAUGACAUUCGGUGUGUUAAGCAAAAUUGAAGAGAAUCGUCGAGAGAAAAAACAGACGUUACAGUCCAUUAUCACGGCCAUGGUAGAAAACCUCAAGAGCUUAAUCUCCAUCAAGUCCAAGCUUGAUCCUAAUUUCGAAGAGACUUUCAUUUUUAACUAUGAGGAGAUUCUCAACGUCCUCAACUUACUGAAUGCUGUGCAUUUCUCCAACAAGGAAGAGAGAAUCGCCUUGCUUUCGGUCUGGGUCAAUCGCGCCGAUAUACAGCCGGACGACGAGCUUUUCGAAGAGGUGAUGAGCUUUGAACACCCUUACAAAAACUUCCUGUUUUGGUCGACGUACAUGAAGAAGCUCCUGCUCCGCGGUUUUUUCAAAGAGGCCUUGGAAGCGCUGGACAAGAGCAAGUGGACCGAUUUGGAACACAUAGAUGCCAACUUGUUCCACGUGCUGACCGAUUUCAAGAACCUUCUGGAGUCCUACGAUAUGCUAAGGUUUUCUGUCGAUCCUAAGGAGUUUCUGGUGUGGAAGCAAAUGAUGGUCGAGCUGCGCGAGAGAGUCAAGUCGCUGAGUUUCUCCGAGGCCGGACUGGCGUCAGAGGUGUCCGAGCUUAUCACCAUUAUGUCCGGGUCUUCAAAUAGUAUACUAGAGGCCUCCAGCACAUGGUAUGAAGCAUUCUAUGCACAUUAUCUUUACCAGCUGCCGUCCAUGGAGCUUUUAGAUGAGUAUCUCCAGGUGGCUAUUGAUAAAUACCCACCUGAAACCACCCAGUCGUGGGAAACCAUGUGCAUUGAGCUGUUGCAGGGAAAGUAUCUGUCUGUGAUCAGCUCGAUUGAGCUGCUCGACAAGUCCAUUGCCACGUUCGUGGUAGUUCUGAUGACCUCUGCUGGUCUUUUGAAAGGAUACUCGUCCGUUGUGUCGUUUACAGAGGCGUCUCUUACGUCGACCAUUGACCAGAUGCUGGAGAAUUUGUCCUUUUCAUAUCUGACGCAUCGCCAGCUGUUUCCUAUUGGUAUCGGAAUUUUGAUUCUUAUCAACAACUCGAACUCAAGGGAGAUCGUUUCCGAGCUUCUUCCCAGAUACCACAUCACGAGCAAUGAUGACCUGGAGUGGUGUCUCUCGAUCUGCGCCAAGCUCAAGCUGCACCAAACUGCAGUGAAAAUAUACAAAAUCCAGGGUGCAAGAUUGGCUACAAUGGGGUAUCUGUACGAGGCUCUAUACUGCUACACUGAGGCAGGGGACUAUACGCGAUUGACGAAGCUUGCAUGGGAAAUUUUCGAAAAGAUUCUUGCGGGGGAGCUGGAAGACGAGACUUUGAUAGCGAAGAUUCGGUCUAACGAGAUCUCGGAGCCCGCUCUGCGACAAGCACUAAGUCCGCUGGCUAUCCUGGACGAGUUCCUACAAAAGAAAGACCCGCCCAAUUUCAGACUUCUUUUUCAGCUGUUGAACUUUAGGUAUCUGCCCAAACAGUACAAGAUAUCGCUAGUGCUACUGAUAGAGCCUUACUUGGAGAAGAGGGUGCUAAAGAACGAGGAGUUGGUGGAGCUUAUCAAGGUUCUGAACGAGUUUGAGAAGGAGGCAGACGACGAGACGCUUGCCGCGACCCAGAAGCUUUGUUCGCGCCAGGUGCCUAAUUUCGACCUAAAACAACAACUUCUUUCGGUGCGCAAAAAAAUUGGCUACGAGAUGAGUUUGAACUUCCUAUAG